GGCAUACCUUUUCAUUUCCAAAUGUCAGUAAAGCAGAUUUUGGAAAUUCUCGGAGUGAAAUAAAUUUACGCUUUAAUCAAAAGCAAGUGCAUCAUACCUAAUACCAUUUACAAACCACACCGAAUCCACGCAGACUCCAUUGCACAUUCGAUAAGCUCCAAGGACAUUAUGAAGUUAAUUCACUUUCUGGACAACUCGAACAUUGCCAGCUCCAUGGACACGGCCAGCGAGGCUGGCCACGUCCUCGCAGAGCCCUGUGCCGAGCCGGGUAUCAGCAUGCAGAAGCUCUAUCAACUGCAGGAGUGUCUGCAGUCGGAUCUGCUGGCCUGCGAUGUGCGCUUCUCGCUCUUCGUGGCAGCGGCCAACAGCUACCGUUACGAGACGCUGCUGCGUCCCUUUCCCAGAGAGUUCCUCGACAGCGAGCAGCGGCCGAACAUCGGCGCCAUCUUCCAGGUCAUUGCCGACAUCGAUCGCCUGGAGGUCAUACUGGAGCAGCUGGACAGGGGCAACUACGGCUGCUACCACGUGAACGUGCUGAGUCUGCUGCACACGGUUCUGGUGCGGCAUGGCGAGCGCGUCGCCCUGAGCACCCUGCGGCCAAGUGAGUUCACAGAUCUGUACGCGCACCUGCAGAUUGGGGCGCCACAAGUGGCGCCCACGCAGAUCAUUGAGGUUACGCCGAGUCUGAGGUGUUCGCACACCAAGGCCUACACCGCACUGCGCGAGAGGUAUCCCGUGCGCAUCGGGUUCUACGGCGGCAGGGCGGAGCAUUUGUACGCUAUGCUGACCGUGGGCUGCCUGCCCACUCACACCGCCCUGGAGCUGAGCCGCGACGUGGACGAGGCGCUGCAGCACAGCCCCGCGGCGCCCGGCUGGGGCGGCUCCCGCUGCGGCGCGCUGCUCCGGUGCGUCGCUAUCGUGGAGUAUGUGGUGCAGCCGGAGAUGGUAAGCGCGCAACGCAAUGGAACGGGACACGUGAGAAUUACCGAUGACAGCUGCAUACAGAUCUCCUAUCUGCUGUUAUUCGGCCAGAGCUGCGAGAGCGAUGAGAGCGACGAGAGCGACGAGAGCGACGAGGGCGAAGAGAGCGACGAGAGGAGGCAGUGCAACAGGCUGGUGCGGCAGCCCAAGUUCAAGAUCAACCUGACCGAGGUGCUCAGGUGGAUGGAGAGCAACAAAUAUGUGCUCUCGCUUGGCAUGUACCUCAUGCUGAUGUCCCUGACGACGCCCAGUGGGCGUGGCAUUCUGCACAGAUUCGCUUGCACUGGCAUGUGUAUGCUGAGGAGGGGAUUUUUGAAAAUUUAACUAUUGCUCUCCGGGCACUCAGCUAAUUGGCUAACUUGGCUAAUAUAAACACGUUAUUGGGGCCAGCGCGCCGGCGGCAAUAAAGUGCUUAUAUGCGUCAAUAAAGUCAAGAAAGCUCAACCAAAUUCAAUCAUUCGUUCAGCCACAAAGGCACCCAACUAAAACAGAAGGAGACAGCAACACAUACACUGAGCGAGAAAGCGAGAGGGGGCGAGGACUGGUCGGAGCUGGCGUGUGUAAGCAAAUGUUGGCAUGAGUCACACGCAACUGGCCAUAAAUAACAACAAUUUAGCAUUACAAGUGACGCAGUAAAAAUUUAUACGCUCUCGCACAUUUUCAAUUUUCUGCAAUUUUUCUAACAAUUGUGUGAAAUUCCUUGCGGCCAUUGGGCAAGCAGCAGCAGCAGCAGCUGGGCCACUCGCUGCAUAUAAAAAGGACAUGAACAGAUUUUCCAUAUGUGCGUGUGUGUGUGUGUGUGUGUGGGCACACAUAAACUGAGUGCAGGCAGAGUCCCUAUACAACAGCACAUACUCUGGAAACUUGGCAUUAUGUGUUGCCGGACACAUUUCGGGGCACACAAUUUAGCAGCUUGGCUGGCAACAUUUCUUUCUAUACCCAGCGAAGCCCUUUCAAGGGGGCAGUUAGGCCAUAAUAAGCUGCACGUAACAGGCCCAAUGAAUAUAUUCUUGAUGUGAGAGUGACGAGCUGAGUCAAUAUCCAGCUAUAUCUAUAUGUCCGUUCGCAUGUAAACAGCGAACACAUGUAAAACAAAUUUUAGAGAAACGAAAUUUUAAAUAAAUAUAAUCGUCUAUA